AUGGGUGCUGCCCGGUUCCUACAAGCAAGAUGGCGGCAGGCGUUGAAGGGCGCAUUGUUCGUGACGGGCAGCGCUUCUCUCGCGCUGCUGGGUAAACAGAACGUUCGAUGCGACGCCGGACGCAGUGCUGCGGCGUGGAACGCGAAGAAGACGGCGCCGACCCCAGAAGAAUCUGCAUUAGCCAAGCUGGUUAAACCUGAGGGGAAGGAAGCUGGCGAGAAGAAGGAUGCCGAUGCUGACGUUACGCCGAAGUCUGCGUGGGAAACGCUGGCAGACAGACUCGGCACUGCGGAGGGCUACUUUAGCUCUUCAGACUGGAGUUCAGACUGGUCAGCAGUCUUCAAGGAUUAUAUCUCGCCUGGAUGGACUUUGCUGUCCCCGGAAAUCUUGCGAAACCUGCAGCGCGAGCUCUCAAUGGCUCCCGGUUCUGUGGCUGACGACGUAUGGAAGGAAGCGUGCGAUCCCCAAUUCAACCCAAGCAUUAUCGAGGAAGCAAACGUGAGAAUUGGAAACACUCUAUGCCCGGAAGAACAAGCCUUUCUGUCAGACCGCCGUAGAGUCAUCGCGAAGAACCUGGCUGCUUACCUUGGGCUGCCAGAGGCCGAAGUGCACCCCGACGACGUGCCUGUCAUUGCCAUGUGUGCAUCCGGAGGAGGCCUGCGCGCUCUUAUUGCAGGGACCGGUUCAUACAUGGCCGCCAAAGAUGCCGGGCUCUGGGACUGUCUCACGUAUACAGCCGGCGUGAGCGGAUCGUGCUGGCUACAGACUCUAUUCAACUCCUCUAUCGGCGGCCAGGACUUUGGCAAAAUGAUUGACCACCUCAAGUCAAGGCUUCAAACGCAUAUCGCAUUCCCACCCGAAGCCCUCGACCUUGUAACCUCUCCGCCAACAAACAAAUACCUUCUACGAGGUGUGAUCGAGAAGCUCAAGGGAGACCCGAAGGCCGAUUUUGGCCUGGUUGACGUAUACGGAAUAUUGCUGGCUGCGAGGCUCAUGGUUCCUCAGGAUACCGCCGCCUUGACCGACAGUGACUUGCAAUUGUCUAGCCAACGUGCGGUGGUAAAUGGCGGAGCUAACCCAAUGCCAAUUUACACGGCCAUUCGACACGAGAUACCAAAGCCGACCCAAACCGAUGCCUCUGAAGACGAGCUUAAGGAGAUCGCUAGACAAGAAAGCUGGUUCCAGUGGUUUGAAUUUUCUCCCUACGAGCUAUUCUGUGAAGAAUUCGAGGCCGGUAUUCCUACCUGGGCUGUCGGACGUAACUUCAAGGACGGAAAAGGCAUUUCGGCCGCCCAUGGAUAUGCUGUCCCCGAGUUAAGAGUGCCUGCCCUCAUGGGUGUCUGGGGAAGCGCUUUCUGUGCUACCCUCGCUCACUACUACAAGGAAAUACGGCCGGCCUUUAUGGGCCUUGCAGGCUUUAGUAGCAUUGACGCCCUCAUCGAAGGUAAAAGCGAGGAUCUAACCCGUGUUCACCCCAUUGACCCUGCUACGGUACCCAAUUUCGUCCUGGGACUGGAAGGGAAGCUCCCCGAUUCGUGUCCCGAGUCUGUCUUUCAAGAUUCACACUUACGGCUGAUGGAUGCGGGUAUGAGUAACAAUCUACCCAUCUACCCGCUGCUUCGACCCGGGCGAAACGUUGAUCUUAUCGUCGCAUUUGACGUUUCUGCCGACAGCAAAGAAGCUAACUGGCUCUCGGUCGUCGAUGGUUAUGCCCACCAACGAGGUAUCAAGGGUUGGCCAAUCGGUGCAGGAUGGCCAAAAUCCAACGCAACCCCCUCGGAGACAGCAGAUAUCAUCGCUGAGGAAAGCCAAACUACAAAGGAGGAGGCCGAUAAGAAAGUAGCUUCCGCGCAAGAAGCCAGCAACGAUUUGACCUUCUGCAACAUUUGGCUUGGUACUACAGAGGAAAGGAUAGCUUCUGCCGAUCCACCACCAUCCAAACGACUGUUCCAUUCAUCCGGUAACAAAGAGGAUGAUUCUGAAUUCCACCUCACGCAACCACACGCUGGUAUUGCCGUUGCCUAUUUCCCCCUUCUACCCAACCCUGCCUGCCGCGCUCUCCCUGACCCAGACAAGGACGAGAAAGACGGCGAGCCCAGGAUCCUUGACCCAUUAGAGGAGGACUAUCUGAGUACUUGGAACUUCAUAUACACUCCGGAGCAGAUAGAUUCCGCCGUACACCUUGCGAAAUCGAAUUUUGCGGAGGGCGAGGACCAGCUGAAGCGGGUUGUCAGGGGGAUCUAUGAGCGGAAGAAGAGAGAACGCAUUCAACGUGAGAUGGAGGGAGCUAGAACGAGUGCAAGCUAUAUGGCAUAG